ACGGAACCCCACCCCUCACCAAACGGCCACGGCUAUAAGCCUAUAAACCCUCCUUCCAUUGACACGCCUUUUUACCUUUUUCACCGUCUCUGCUGACUGCUUCUGAAUUAAGAAACUCCGGUGGCCGACACAUUUCCUCCGCGCUCUUCAUGCACUUGUGUUGGAAGAUGCCGGCAAUGGAAUUGGAUUCGGAGGCGUUUGUGGAGGUGGAUCCGAGUGGAAGGUACGGACGCUACAGCGAGCUACUCGGUUCAGGCGCAGUGAAGAGAGUUUACAGAGCGUUUGACCAGGAGGAAGGGAUCGAGGUGGCUUGGAAUCAAGUAAAAUUGAGGAACUUUUGCCAUGAUCAAUCCAUGAUGGAACGGCUUUACUCCGAGGUGAAGCUAUUAACGUCGUUGAAGAACAACAACAUAAUUACUCUGUUCCGGGAAUGGAGAGACACGGAACGGAACACCUUAAACUUCAUCACCGAAGUUUGUACCUCCGGCAACCUCAGAGAUUACCGGAAGAAGCAUAAACAGGUUUCGAUGCAGGCUUUGAAGAAGUGGUCAUGGCAGAUAUUGAAAGGCUUGGAUUAUCUACACAGGCAUGAACCAUGUAUCAUUCACAGAGAUCUCAAUUGCAGCAACGUCUUCAUCAAUGGCAAUAUUGGCCAGGUGAAAAUUGGCGAUUUGGGUUUGGCUGCAAUAGUUGGUAAGAGCCAUUGUGCACAUUCAAUACUGGGGACACCUGAAUUCAUGGCUCCUGAGCUGUACGAGGAGGAUUACACGGAGCUGGUGGAUAUAUAUUCUUUUGGCAUGUGUUUGCUUGAGAUGGUGACUCUUGAACUGCCUUACAGCGAAUGUGAUAAUAUUGCCAGAAUUUACAAGAAGGUUACAUCUGGAAUAAGACCAGACGCCAUGAACAAGCUAAAAGAUCCGGAGGUGAAGGCCUUUAUUGAAAAGUGCUUGGCUCAUCCAAGGGAUAGGCCUUCUGCUGCCGACCUCCUCCAUGAUUCCUUCUUCCAUGGUAUUUCUCAUGAUGACGAUGACGAAAACUGAAACCGGCUUGCUUCUUGCACAAGUCAGACUCACAUGGUAAUGCCGUGUUGAAUGUUUACAAUAUUUUUGCCAUGUUGAAUGUUUGUAAUUCUUUUAGUGUGUUAUUCCGGUGAGGUGGGCUUUGAUUGUUUUUCUAAAGUUUGUAAAUUGUAAUAGGAUUUGGUUGGGAGUUGUUUCUGGUGAGAUCAAUAUUUAAUUAUUUGUACAUAGAUUUUGGAUUAUAGUGAUAUUAUCUUUCUGAAAAAUAAAAAUAAUUUUGUUA